AUGCCUUGUGCUCAUGCUCCUAAGCGUCAGCGCUACACACUUGAUCAAGAGCUUCAGGACGCAGCAUUUCAAGCAGAUGAUGAAGAAGAGUCCUCAUCUUCGGAUUCCCCCUUCGACGUGUACUUCCUCUCUGACAUUUCUUCCUCUUCCUCUUCCUCUUCCUCUCCUAUAGAUCCACAAACAGACGAGAUAGCUUCUGAUGAGGAACUGAAUACUUCCCAGGUUUCUCAGGAUAAUUCCUCCUCUUGCAGUUCACUGAGCUCAUUAAAUGAUGAUUCCAGCUUCAAAACCCAUGAAGAGGAGAAUCCAAGCUCAUGUCAAAACCAACCAGAUAAUGAAUCCUUGCUAAUCAAUGAGAAGGCGGCUGAAUUGAUUAAGUUCCUGCUCCUCAAAUAUAAAACAAAGGAGCCCAUCACAAAAGCAGAAAUAAUGACAAAUAUCAUUAAACAGUAUGAGGACUACUUCCUUCUGAUAUUCCAAAAUGCUUGUGAGUGUCUAGAGCUUGUCUUCGGCCUCAGUGUGAAGGAAGAGGAUCACACUGGAAAUUCUUACAUCUUCUAUAAUGUUCUAGACCUCACCUAUGAAAAGAUUCCAGAAAAUGAGGAGGAUAUGCCCAAGACUGGACUCCUGAUGCUUAUUCUGAAUUUAAUCUUCAUGGAGGGCAACUGUGUCAGUGAAAAGAAGGUCUGGCAAGUGCUGAGUAGAACAGGAAUAUAUCCUGGGAGGGAGCACGCCAUCUAUGGAGAGCCCAAGCAGUUCCUUACCGGAGAAUUGGUGCAGGAAAAGUAUGUGGAAUACCGGCAGGUGCCCAAUACUGAUCCCCCAUGCUAUGAAUUCGUGUGGGGUCCAAGAGCUCAUGCAGAAACCAGCAAAAUGAAAGUCCUGAAAUUUUUGGCUAAGGUCAACAAUACUAUCCCAAGUGCCUUCUCAAAGUGGUAUGAAGAUGCAAUGAGAGAUGAGGAAGAGCGAGCCAAGGCAAGAAUUGCCCCCACAGAUUCUGCUACUGCUGAGGCCACUUCAAGUUUUAGUGCCACAACCAGCAGCUCUCCUGGCCCCAGUGAAGACUGA